UCUGCAGCAUCCCGGCUGAAGCCCCAGCACCCAGGGGGACAGACGCAGGAGCAAGACAAGCAUCAUCACGCUCAUCAUCGUCCUCCUUAUUCCAUCACAGCGUGGAAGCCGUGAGGAGGAGGAGCCAGCCGAGUGAGAAACCGAUGCUCCCAGCAGGUGCCAACAAGUGAGAGGAAGCUGAAAGCCCGAGAAGGUGGGAAUGGAGAAGAGCCUGUGAGCGGAGAAGAGACACCCUGAGAGAAAACAAACAUCAGCGUUCAGAUUUCUGAUUUUUCCGGUCCCUUCUCGUUACUCCUGCUCCUCCCGCUGCCAUGCUGCGCCCCGUGCUGCUGUGCGCCGCUCUGCUCCUCCUGACUCCCCUUGAGAUGACGGAGGCUCGUUCUCUGCAUCCUGGUCCUGAUGCUGCGCAGUUUCUGGAGCGCUACGAUGACCUCCUGACUCUGGACGACCUGGAGAACCUGUUGAACAGCCAGCUGGAGGAUCGGUCCUCCUCCUCUGCCUCCGCCUCUGCUGUCAAAGCCGCCGAGUUCCCCAAGUGGGCCGACGUCCAGACGCAGGCCGAGACCCCCUGGCUCCGGCUGCUGAAGGGGGCCCUGGCCACUCAGAGGCAAGCGGAGCCGGAAAGGUCCCGGAGGGGAUGGAACAGAGGAUGCUUUGGUUUGAAACUGGACCGGAUCGGGUCCAUGAGCGGACUCGGCUGUUAGUGGAGAGAGAAGG